CUAAAUGCGCCCUCUAUUACGACUGUUCAUCGAGAGCUCUGUGGACAAGACAUCAAGAAAGCCUAAAUGAAGUAAACUGAAGCUAGAAGUUUCUAGAGUCAGUACAGCAGUGGAGCCCAUAACCCUCCGGUCUCAACAUCAACUGCCUUAAAAAUGAGGCUUAAAUACACCAUCACUUUUAUCUUCAUUGUGGCUCUGGUCAUCAUUGAGAGAGAGAACAACAUAAUUGCAAAGGUUUCGGAUAAGAUCACUUCAAAGCAGACUCCUCAAACUCCCCUCCAGGCUAGUGGAUUAUUCUGGAGUGGUCUGGCACAGAAUGGCUCUGGCCUGCCUGGCCUGAGCCAGACAGACCUCUUAUCCUACCAACACAUGAAGUGGUGGCUGGAGAAUUUCACCAAGCCCAAUGGCAGCAGCCUGCCAUCCGCGCCUGACGGGAGGAAACACAUCCUCCUAUUGGCCUCCACUCGGACAGGUUCCUCCUUUGUGGGUGAGUUUUUUAACCAGCAGGGAGGGAAUAUGUUUUAUCUGUUUGAGCCACUCUGGCAUGUGGAGCGCAUGCUGACUCUGGACAACGGUGGGACCAAUGCCUCGGCUUCAGGCUCUGCCUACCGCGACGUCCUGCGUCAGUUGUUCCUAUGCAACUUCUCAUUGCUGGAAAGCUUCAUUGAACCCCCACCACAAGCUCACAUCACAACAGCGCUCUUCCGCCGUGAGUCCAGCCAGUCACUGUGCGAAAAGCCUGUUUGCACACCUUUUGUGAAGAAGGUGUUUGAGCGGUACCACUGCCGCACACGCCGUUGUGGCCCUCUCAACCUCACGCUGGCCUCUGAGUCCUGCCUGCAGAAGCAGCACCUUGCCAUAAAAUCUGUACGCAUACGGCAGCUGGAGACGCUGCGCACCCUGGUGGAGGACCCGCGCAUGGACAUGAGGAUUAUCCAGUUGGUCCGAGACCCGCGUGCAGUGCUAGCUUCUCGCAUGGUGGCCUUCUCCAGCAAUUACAUGCACUGGAAGAGGUUGGCCAUAGGUGGAGAGGUCCCUGAGGAUGAUAAUGAGGUGAGGAAGCUCAGAGGGAACUGUGACAACAUCCGUCUGUCGGCAGAGGUGGGUCUGAAACAGCCCACCUGGCUGCGUGGCCGCUACAUGCUAGUGCGCUAUGAGGAUAUUGCUAGGUUUCCCAUGAGAAAAGCAGCAGAAAUGUAUCGGUUUACAGGCAUCCCCUUCACUUCCACAGUGAAGACAUGGAUCCUAAGGAGCACACAAGCCUCUAGCGCGGUAAGUGGAAUAUACUCCACCCAGAAGAAUUCCUCCCAGCAAGUAGAGAAGUGGAGGUUCAACAUGCCCUUUAAACUGGUCCAGAUGGUGCAGAAGGUGUGUGGCCCCACUUUGAAUCUGUUUGGCUAUAAGUUUGCUGAAAAUGAAGAGAUGCUAACCAAUAAAUCAAUGAGUUUGAUUGAAGAAAGGACUUUUCUGUGACCAUACAAAGAUCAUUUAAAAGAGAUGAAGUUUGAUGUCAUGACAUAUAUAAUAUUUUAUAUUUAUUAAUGACACUAGUCCAAAAUAAGUCAGACUCUAUCAUUCGCUCCAUGGUUAAUGAGUCUGUGGAUUCUCUCUUGGAAUUCAGUGAAUUCUCUCUUGGAAUUCAGUCCUCAGGGGCAGGUUAUCAAAAGGGAUAGACCAAAUAAACAGAUAAGAUAAACAACUCCAUGCUACCUUCACAAAGAUCCCUGAGGGAACUUGAUUUUCUGAUAAAAAUAUUUUUGUCAGAGAUGUAUUUUACCUAGAGAAUAAGACAGUUACCAUUAUUUGUAAUGCCUGAUUGUAUUUCUGCAGCAUAAUGAUGUAUUUUAUGAAGAGACAUGUGUAAAACAAAUAACAAAUCUCAUCUCAUUUUAUCAUAUCACUCUCCAACUAGUUCCAUUUUCAGUUUAAUUACAAAUGCUGCUUUCAUUCCAAAUAUGAAACUUGAAAUGCAACAUCUUUGUAAUAUCAGAAACCGCAAUGCUAAAACAUAUAAAAUUUUCUUCCACAAAAGUACUUUAACAGUUAACAGUGAGGUUAUGAUGGUUACUGAAAGCAAUUGGAGGCCAAAUAGCUUGAUGAAGUUAGUAUCAUACUCUGAGCAGUAUGUUUUUCAGAAACAUGCACCUUGAACCUACCCUUGCUGGCCACUUUUUUAGGUACACCUUUCACACACUUGCAUUUUACAAGAUCACUUUUACAGUUUAUAGCCCAUCUGAUAGGAGGCAUAAUUCAUCAGCUACCCCAGAACCCCAUUCACCACUGGUCAGGUUCUGACCACAGGACCACUGCGGACAGUGGAAUGUUUGUGAGUGUUGAACUUGCUUAAACAUACCAUUGUCAUUGCAGGCUUGAGAAUGUGGUGGUACCCAAAGAUAUUCACCUAACAGUGGUCAUGGGUUCAGAAACUGACCACUGAUGAAAUUCUAGAGGAUGACUAGCACAAAUUAUGAAUGCUAUCAGAUGAGCAACAGGAUCUAACUGUACACCCAUAAGGUGUAUCUAAUAAAGUGGGUGGGAAAUACAAUGCUAUCUUGCCAAUCCUGAUGUCUAUUAUUAUUAUUAUUAUUAUUAUUAUUAUUAUUAUUAUUAUUAUUAUUAUUAUUGUUGUUGUUGUUGUUGUUAUAAGGGGCAUCAGAAUGUUACAGAUUAACACAUUGUAAUUGGUUUAUAUGUUUAGACUAUUAGUAAAAAAAAAAAAACAUCUCUGUAUAUUUACCUGUAUCUUUCUGUUACUCCCUAAGGCUGUCUUUCUCCACCUUUGCCAAUUUGUUUAUUUUGUGAUUUAAUUAGUAAACGACUGUAUAAGUUUAAGCGUGUGUGUGUGUGUGUGUGUGUGUGUGUGUGUGUGUGUGUGUGUGUGUGUGUGUGUGUGUGUGUAUUGUGUUGGGUCUCCUGUGUGAGCGCAUGUUUACGGUGUAGUACUGUAUGUUCCUACAUUCCUUCUGCAGCUGGCUUGCAGAAUUGUGUAAAUGUAUCUCUAACAGUUGCUGACACAGGUCGUGUGACUAAUGCUUAAUGGAAGCCAAGGACCGAUAACAGGACUUAACAUGUGAAAUGUAGCAUGUGUUCAGAACAGUCCUAAAUUAGUCCUAAAGCUAAAAGGUAAAGCUAUUGCUGUUUGAAAUU